GCUGCAUGUACCCUGGGACCCUCUAAUUCCUUAGAAUAUAUACUAGAUACAAAAGUUCUCUGUUCCUAUUUUGUCCUCGUUUUUCUUUUGCCCCUAGACAAGAACCCCCCUCGGUGGCGUGCCCUGUAAGAGCAGACGGAUCUAGACCCUGACUUCUUCUUCUUCUCUUCACGCCCACCCCUCCUCCUUUACAUUGAGCCAAUCUCACCUCCCGUGUUGUCUAUCGUCAAAUACGGCCGUCUUGUUUAGGAACGCUUGCGCGAAUAUCGGAUAUGUGGCGAGUUCCCAUUAACUUCGUCACCCUUCACUAUGCAUACAUCAUCUUCAUGAGCCUGCUGGCCAUUGUGGUCCUCUAUCCUAGAGGGAACAUGUCUGCUAUCGACGCUUACUUUUUUGGAGCAAGCGCCUCGACUGAAUCGGGACUCAAUACUAUCGAUAUCAAGUCGUUUGACUUGUACCAGCAGCUCUACAUCUACUUCAUCCCGAUUUUGACAAACUUGGCCUUUGUCAACCUUAUAGUUGUCGUAGUACGACUAUUUUGGUUUAAGAAACAUCUGUCCAAUGUCGCGCCCCAGUUGCUCGGGCGGGAUGAAGAUACCACUCGUGAUAUCGAGGGUGGCAAGAGCUACGCGGUUUCGACUAGUGCCAAUACUGUUGUAGAUGCUCGCGCGCCAGAAGAGCCAAAUGUUCGUACGAAUGCCAUUGCUGGUGAGGCCAUCUCGAGGUCAGAGACGAGGUCUAGUGAGGCGCGAGGCGAAGCUGCUGAACCCCAGCGCGCAAUCACAUUUGAUGCGACAGCCGAAAAGGAUAAUCAUCCCAAAAUGGACGCCGCGCUUUACAUCCCAGGCCCGCGCGAGCGUGAUAAUGGCCAUCCACUGGUUGAGCUCGACAAAGAAUAUGCCGAGAGCCAAGACGACCUGUCCAUUAGAGAGGCCCCUGCUCCGGGGCCCUCGUCCAAAUCUGGCCUUCGCCGCCGCGUAGAUGCCCCGAGCCUAUCUGAAGCACGCUCUCUUGAGCGAGUGGCUAAUGUGGCCACCUCCAUGUUUGUUAUUGGCUCUGAGCCCAGUCGUCUGCAGCGUAGGCCCUCAGCGCAGUCUCAGCAGCCAGAGCUAAACGACAGGCCUUUCCUCUCCAGCCAGGCUACUCUCGGCCGCAACUCACAGUUCCACAACCUGACGUCUGCAGAUCGUGCCGCUCUUGGCGGUAUUGAGUACCGUGCGCUCAAGUUGCUUCUAAAGAUUGCAUCCGGCUAUUUUGUCGGUCUUCACAUUUUUGGUGCCAUUUCCCUGGUUGGCUGGAUCCAGUAUGCAAACCCAAAGUAUAGGGAAUAUCUUGCGGAAUGCGGACAAGACAAGAAUUGGUGGGCUUUUUACUCGUCCCAAACCAUGAUCAGCAACUUGGGCUUCACCCUGACCCCGGAUUCGAUGAUUUCGUUUCGAGACGCGGAAUGGCCCAUGUUUGUCAUGUCGUUUUUGGCUUUUGCAGGAAACACGCUCUACCCCGUGUUUUUACGUCUCGUCAUCUGGAUCAUGUAUAAGCUGUACCCCAAAUCGGCCUCCACCCGUGAAUCCCUCGCCUUCUUACUCGAUCAUCCUCGUCGAUGCUAUACCUUGCUGUUCCCCUCUGGCACCACAUGGGCUCUGUUCGGUAUCAUCUUUGCGCUCAACUUUAUCGACACUCUCCUCAUCAUUGUUUUGGACUUGGAUAAUCCGGAAGUCAAUGCUCUGCCGAUAGGCCCACGGAUCCUGGCGGCCAUUUUCCAAGCAGCCUCGUCACGCCAUACUGGAACUGCUACCUUCAACCUGGCCAACGUCAACCCAGCCGUCCAGUUCAGUCUGUUGGUUAUGAUGUACAUUGCCGUGUUUCCUGUGGCUGUUGCCUUGCGAGCGUCCAACACGUAUGAGGAAAAGUCUCUGGGAGUGUACGAGCGCGAAGGUGAUCCAAACGAGAACAACGGUAGCUCAUACCUGUUGACUCACAUGCAGAAUCAGCUGAGUUUUGACCUGUGGUAUAUAUUCCUGGGCAUUUUUUGCAUUCUCGUGUCGGAGUCUAAGCGGGUUAUGGAUCCCGAGGAGCCGGUAAGUUGUCAUCAACGCUGUAGUAUAGGCGCCCACUAACGGCUGCAGGCGUUUGCCGUUUUCCCCAUCUUCUUCGAAGUCGUUUCCGCAUAUGGCAAUGUUGGUCUAAGCUUGGGCUAUCCCACAGUGACCACGUCGCUGUCUGGCCAAUUCAACACGUUCAGCAAGGUUGUCAUCUGUGCAAUGAUGAUUCGUGGCCGCCACAGGGGACUACCAUAUCAGCUUGACCGUGCCAUCAUGUUGCCUAGUCAGCGUGGCAUAGAAGAGAUUGAAUGAGGCAUCAAGAAUGGUAUUGUAGAGAAUGGUGACUUUUAUGCAAAUAAACUAUAGAGUAUAGACCUAGACUUGGCGUCGCAAUAUUUGGCAACGCAGUCAAUUCAAAACGUUUUGUGUUUUCGCCUGCUA